AUGUCGGCAUUUACGAGGUUUAUCGCCGCGACGUCGUCGACGCUGCCACGGCAGUGUCUCACGGGCGGUGUCUUGUUUGCGACGGGCGAUACCAUUGCGCAGCAGCUCGUCGAGAAGCGGCGCUCCAAGCACGAUGUGCCCCGUACGCUCCGACUUGCGCUGUACGGCGGCUGCGUCUUCUCCCCGCUCGCCUCGCUGUGGUUCGGCAAAGUGCUGGAGCGCGUCCAGUUCAGCUCCAAAGCCGCCAACAUCGCCACCAAAGUCGCGCUCGACCAGGGCAUCGCAUCCCCCGCCUUCGUCGCCAUGUUCUUCGGGGUUACCACGCUCAUGAAUGGCUCAGGCCCCGAAGCAGCCAAGCAGAAGGUGAAGGACAACUGGUGGGAGACGCUCAAGACCGCAUGGGGACUGUGGAUCCCCGUGCAGGCGCUCAACAUGGCCGUCGUCCCGCCGAAUCAGAGACUGCUCUUCGUCAACGUGGUUAGCAUCUUUUGGAAUACGUUCUUAUCGAUCAAAGGAGCUGGUGGCAAGGAAGGGACGGUGGAAAGCAAAGUAGGCAAGGCGGUCGAAUUGGUUGAGGCGAAGGUGGACAAGUUGCACUAG